AUGGACUCCUCAGGGUCAAUGGUGUUCAAAGUGGACCAUUUCGUGAGUCCAAUUCGACGGAAAAAACGCGUCUUUUAUUCCAAAGACCUCAAGGAGCUCAUUCUCAAAAUCUCAAGGGCCAACAUUGAGCUGUUGGAACGCGACAAACGGUUCUUCCACGCCAAGGUGGCGGCCCAGCUGGAGGAAAAUGGCUACGACAUUGGACGCCAGGCGCUGGCCCGCAAGCUCCGUGAAAUUCUCGACGAACCGCCGCCCAAAAAUGACUCGGAAUACUCUCAACAGUUUGUCAGCGACCUGCAAGUGGUCCGAGAGGCGAUAGGAAAGAGUAAGCAGGCCCGUGUCAAGGACGAACGGCUGCUAUACAAGGGCGACACGGUAUUCGACAGGCCGAUCCAGAUGCAUCCACCCACACAACAACAACAGCAGCAGAGUCCCUCUACACCUAUUCCCGGAGGGGAACAUACCAUGUCUGUGUCUCCUCAGAGUGGGCCGAUGGACUCAUCCCUAGGAACGAACCUGAACGACCCCCGGAGACCCAACGCGGGAAAAACAAAAUCAAAGGACAAACGGCUGCAAUACAAGGGUCACGUGAUCCACCUGGACGAGUGGAGGAGCGAGGAGCCUGGAGGGGUGGGUCGGCAGCGGCAGCAUCAACAACAGCAGCAUCGGCAGCAACAGCAGCCUCAGGCAUCUUCCAGUGGUAUGGCAGGGAUGGUUCAGAGCAUGGGCCAGGGGUUGGGACAAGCUGGUCAGGGACACGGUCAGGGACACAGUCAAAGACAGAGUAUGGGUCCAGGUACUCCUGGUGGACCUGGGCAAGGGCAGGGCAUGGUUCAACAAGGUUCGCCGGUUCAAGGCCAGGGUAUGGGUCAGGGAGGAGGGCCAAGUAUGCCUCCUGGGACUCCUGGACAAGGGUAUGUCUCGGGGCCCAGCAGUAGCGGCCGUCCUAGCCCCAACACUGCCAGUACACCCAACCCAGACUUUUCCGCCUUACUUUCGGACGAUAUCGAUACAGAUCUGCAGGCUGAUCUCGCCCAGGAGCUGAAUCCCAUUGGUCUGGGAUUGAGCAACGUGCAAAGUGUUCAAGGGUUGAUUGAUGCUGUUGGCCAGGUGAGUCAGGGAAACGUAAGUCACGAUUUACUCAAGCGUUUGGUCAACGAAACUGAGGGACUUCGCAACACCAUGGAACGGAGUCUAGCAUGGGAGAAGGAGCGGGCUCAACAGGCGCAUGAGCAGCGGCGACAGCUGAUUGAGCUUCAGAAGGAGCGGGUCGAGUUGGUGAGGCGGUUGGCUGGGUAA